CAGUGACCGGCUGGUGUCUGUAAGCACCCGGGUAUCGAAAAACGUGGACACGAGAAGUCGUAAGAUCCAAAACGGUGCUUUCCCUUGAAUAGAUCGACUUCGAAAGUAUUUGCGGGCUACCCCUAUAUCGUAGGCUCACGCGGUUUUCCAUGUCAACGACACGCGCGCUCCUGCCAAGGCCAGCGUGCUACGCCCCGCACAGAGCAGCCUCCGUCAUCGUCGUCGUCGCUGCUGCCGCCGUCGUCGUCGUCAAGCGACUGAUCCACGUAAUCGUGCCCGUCGUCGACGGCCCGUCGUUGUCUGCGUCGCGUCGGUGGUCAGAUUUCUGUUCGUCGUGGUCAUCGUUUUGGUGGUUAGCUUCGAGGAAGGCCGGCGAGCAUCAAAGUUCGUCCACGGCUUUUGCCAGGCUGAGGAGAAGGAGACACGGCAGCGUCGGUCGUGCCAGCCUGAGAUGAGCGACCAUGGCUGCAUACACUUGAAUAAUUUCAAAGCAGCCAAGGGUAUCCAGCCGUACAAAGUGAUACACUCCUAUUUCGUGACCAGCACGUCGACCGAGGCACGCGUAAGAAAGGCCGUCAGCUGUUUGUGUCAUACUUGUAAAACAUACAAAGACCGUCUUCACUCUUGUCUUCACUGUAUAUUCUUUGGCUGCUAUGUAAAGGGUCAUAUACAAGAACAUGCGAAGACAAAAAAGCAUUUUUUAGCUGUUGACCUAUCUUAUGGAAAUAUUUUGUGCUUCCAAUGCGGUGAUUACGUAUACGAUAGAGAAUUAUUGGCAGUUGCCAAAUCACAGUGGAGCGAAUCUGCAAAAUCAUUGAGCUUUGGAGAAUUUUAUCGAGCAUGGGAACCCACUCAAAUAGAGGCAGAUUUGUUGAGGAAGCAUCCGCGCAGAAGACGCGUUAUAGAAAAUUCUACCAUAGGUUUAAGAGGACUCAUAAAUCUUGGAAGUACAUGUUUCAUGAACUGCAUUGUCCAGGCACUGAUCCACACACCGUUGUUAAGAGAUUAUUUCCUUGCUGACCGUCAUCACUGCCCACAACCGACUCGAUGCCUGGUCUGUGAAGUGUCCCACCUUUUUCAGGAAUUUUACUCCGGUAGCAAAGCACCGUUGACGCUACACAAGCUUCUUCAUUUAAUCUGGACGCACGCGAGACAUUUAGCAGGUUACGAACAGCAGGAUGCUCAUGAAUUCUUUAUAGCUACACUUGACGUUUUGCAUAGACACUGCGAGGCAGCGCCGAUUUUAGUAAAAGAUAAUCCACAUCAUUGUAAUUGUAUCAUCGAUCAGAUCUUUACCGGUGGUCUACAAAGCGACGUGGUUUGUCAGGCGUGCAACGGAGUGUCCACGACGAUAGAUCCGUUCUGGGAUAUAUCCUUGGAUCUUGGCCCAGCAGCUAGUGCGUCUGGUUCCGAUAGCUCUGGUCCUCCUACCUCAUUAUUAGAUUGUUUGGAAAGGUUCACGCGCGCCGAGCAUUUGGGAUCUAGCGCUAAAAUAAAGUGUAGCAAUUGUCAGACCUACCAAGAGAGUACCAAACAAUUGACGAUGAAGCAGCUACCAAUUGUGGCCAGUUUUCAUUUAAAACGAUUCGAACACUCUAGCAUUCAGGACAAGAAGAUCUCUACGUUCAUCUCGUUUCCAGAACAAUUAGACAUGACACCUUUUAUGUCACAUAGGCGAAACGGUAACAACAAUAGCGCAAUGAUGGACGGGCUGUCAAAGAAUGGAGAAGAAAUGGCAUUCAGCGAUAAUAGGUAUUCUCUGUUUGCGGUGAUAAAUCAUGAAGGUUCUUUGGAGACUGGACACUACACUGCCUUCAUACGGCAGCAAAGAGAUCAGUGGUUUAAAUGUGACGACCAUUUGAUCACGAGAGCAAGAUUAAAAGAUGUCUUGACUAGCGAAGGGUAUCUUCUUUUUUAUCAUAAACAAAUUUUGGAGUACGGUCGAAAUACCAAGGUGUAAACUUUAGAUUGUAUAAUUAAUUUAUUUAUCACGACGUAUCAUGGGCGGUAGACUUAAGUUUUCUUUAGUAUCUUUAAAAAAAAAGAAAGAAAAAGUAAGGAAAAUCAUGUAAUACGCAAAUUCAUUUAUCGGUUGGACGUAUAUGAUCUAUGCGACAGGAAAGAAAACAAAGAAACAAAGGCCUCAAAAAAAAAAAAGAAAAAAAAGAUUUGAAAUUCCUAUUUGUAACGAUAAUCGUUAAAAAGUGGCACGGAUGGAGUUACUUUUGAAAAUUAGAAGAGAGAAUUUAACGAACAACUAUACUAUUACGCUUUGAUCGUGCGAUCAAAAAAGAGAAGCUAGAAAUUAAUAAUUGUUAAAAAAAAUAGUCAAGAUCGACCGGAUGUCGCUCUGUUAGCAUAGAUGUUUGUCGUGUUGUUACGAAACUUUUAAUUGUCAACCUUCGAAAUAACGAUCGCGUUCGUUGCUCUAUUUCAGUUCUCUUUUCCACCGUUCUGUUUUUUUUUGUCUUUUUUUUUACGUUCGACGAAAUCUAGGCUGGCGCACACGGCGAUCGAUUUCCCCUGUUCGUGUCCUAAAGUAACAUAAGCGUAGUUUUAAGAUUAGCUCAAUUUUUUUAAAAUGACCGAUCGCAUUUUUGUAUAUCGCUGACUGUUGUUAUAUUCCUGCCCUGACACUUGUAUACAUGAGACAUCAAGAGUGGUUCACGCGACUAAUAUCUUUCAUUAAUUAUAUAUCAAAAUUAUGUUCCAGUUAAUAAGCUUUCUCUUAUGUAAAGAUUAAGUUAAGAAGAAAUAUUAAUUUACUUUCAAGGUCAUCGUGUCAGCCAUUCUUUGGUGAAUCAGUCUUGUACAAACGAGAUAACAUAUAGCAAAAAAGAAGAAGAAUGAGGAUAAUAUUAUCCAAACAAGGCGAAUUAUUUCGCGUGACUGUGAAUAAUAAAAAUCACUGUUUAACAUAUUUUCUUUUCUAAUUGAUCGUUUUACCUAGCUGUACAAACGCAAUGAUAUAGAAUGUAAAAGAUGUGAAAAGCAAACGAAAAAAGAAACGUAUACUUAUUCCUCUGAUAUAAGAUCCGAUAAUUCUACGUUCACUUUCCGUAAAAUAAAUCGUACGAAAAGUGCCAAGUAUUCAUUGCAUUCAUAGUUUUCAAUUCUGUGCCUAUCGUAAUUUAUUAUUUUCUACAUUGUGUUCGUUGAAACCUUGCGUAAUGUUUCCAUGAAACACUAGACUCGUGUACUAAUCUUACGGAUAAUUAAGUGACACCUGAAAGAAGAUUAUAAUAUACAUCUAAUCGGUGUACCAUUCGAAUGAUUCGUUUGGUAUGUUAUGCGUACACGACGAAAAUGUACAAUACAUUGUCGAAAUAUUAAGACUAUUAAGAGAGACUUGUGUGUGUAAUUAUAUUCGCAAAACAAGGGAAGAUAAUCUUGUUUAAAUAAGAGAAAAAUAAAAUAACUUUGUCGUCCGACGUAUUCAUCAAUCGUACGCAUUACAACAACCGACUGCACCUGUAAUACCUACACAUUUGGACACGACCAAUAAUACCUAUACAUUUGGAAGUUCAUAUUACGCGUGCAGUUGUAAUGUUUUAUAUAAGGCUGAACGUAUACAGAAAUAAAGUUAUAUUUCGUCGA